GCCGGGAAUCGAACCUGAGUCCCAGUGCUCCCAAGAUGCCCCUGAUCCCCUUGUACCGCAGUAGGAACUCCAAGUUGUAUGUUUUCUUAUUGUUGAGUUUUAAGAGUUCUUUGUAUGGAAUAUACAAAGGAUAAUAAUCCUUUAUCAUAUAUAUGUCUUUUGCAGAUAUUUUCUCUUAGUUUCUGACUUAUCUUUCUCAUUCUUGACAUUGCCUUUAAUUUUAAUGAUGUCCAGCUUAUUAAUUGUUUCUUUCAUUUUCAUGCCUUUUUUGUGUAUCUAAAAAGCUACCACUGGAGUUCUUUUGUGGCACAGUGGGUUGGGGAUUUGGCAGUGUUACUGCAUUGGCUUGGGUCACUGCUGUGGCAUGGGUUUGAUCCCUGGCUUGGGAACUUCCACAUGCCACGACUGAGACACCCCCCCCCCAAAAAAUAAUAAAAUUUAAAAAAAAACAAACUGUCAUCGUAUCCAUGGUCAUCCAGGUUUUCUCCUAGGUUAUCUUCUCGGGGGGGGGUUAUAGUUUUGCAUUUUACAUUUAGGUCUGUGAUCCUUUUUUCUUUUUUGACUGUAUGGAGUUCCUGGGCCAAGGAUCAGAUCCAAGCCACAGCUGCCAUGUAGGUUGCAACUGUGCCACAGCUGUGGCAGUGCCAGAGCUUUUAACCUACUGUGCCAGGUCCUGGGAUCAAACCUUUGUCCUUGCACUGCAGAGAUACCAUCAAUUCCAUUGUGCCAUAGUGGGAACUCCAGUCUGUGAUCCAUUUUGAGUUAAUUUCUUUGGAAAGUGUAAAGUCUGUCUAGAUUCAUUUUUUUGCACUUGUUGUCCAGUUGUACUAGCACCAUUUGCCAAAAAGACUAUCUUUGCCCCUUUGUAUUGCUUUGACUCUCUAUCAAAGAUCAAUUGACUAUAUACAUGUGGGUCUAUUUCUGGGCUCUCUAUUCUGUUCCAAUGAUUUGCUACUCUUUUGUUCAGUUUUUCUCAAUUGUUCUAUCCCCAUUGCUACUUAAUUAUUUAUUUAGACUGCAGAUUUACACCAAUAUCUGAAAGUCCGUUGGUUUUUUUUUUUUUUUUUUUUUGUCUUUUUGCCUUUUCUAGGGCCGUUCCCAUGGCAUCUGGAGGUUCCCAGGCUAGGGGUCUGAUCGGAGCUGUAGCCACCGGCCUACACCAGAGCCACAGCAAUGCGAGAUCUGAGCCUCAUCUUCGACCUACACCACAGCUCAUGGCAACGCCGGAUCCUUAACCCACUGAGCAAGGGCAGGGACCGCACCUGAAACCUCAUGGUUCCUAGUCAGAGGCAUUAACCACUGCACCACGACGGGAACUCCUGAAAGUAGGUUGUUCUUACGAAACCUUUCAUAAACUGAAAUGUCAUAAAGCAAAAAAACAGUUAUCUUAGGGCAAGUGUUGCUGACAGAUGCACAAAGUAAAGCUAAAUAAAGCACAAUGCUCAUAGACAUAGUUUAAAACUAUGGUGGCUUGUUGCUGAGCAUAGUUCCCAGGGAAGGAGCUUAGUGGGGUCAGUCUCACUACUUGAGGUAUACAGCUGCCUCUGUAACAGCUCCCUGCAAAACAAAUGCUGAACACUUUUUUAACUUUUCGACUUUUUGUGUAAAAGCAAUAUCUUCUUUGGAUUUCUUUUGGCUAGUGAAAACAGGUGCUAAGGUAUCGGUCUUGCAUAAAAGUGAAGUAACAUAAAUUGAACUAUGGGAAAGCAGGGGAUAGCAGUACAAUCAUCCCUCUUAUCCUUGGUUUCAUUUUCCUGUGUUCAGCUGCAGUUGGAAAUAAGUGGAAAACUCCAGAAAUAAACCAUUCAUAAAUUUUAAAUCCCUCACUGUUUUGAGUAACAUGAUAAAACCUUGCACCAUCGCACUCUGUCCUGCCUGGGGUAUAAAUCUUCUCUUUCUAGCAUAUCCAUGCUGUUUAUGCUACCUGUCUGUUACUCACUUAGUAACCAUCUAAGUUAUCAUAUCAACUAUCAUGGUAUUAAAGUGUUUGUGUUCAUGUAACCCUUGUUUUGCUUAAUAGUGGUCCCAAAGUGCUAGAGUAGUGGUGCUGGCUAUUCCAGUAUUCUCUUACUGUGUCUAAUUUAUAAGUUAAACUUUAGCGUAGGUAUAUGUGUGUGUGUAUAGGAAAAAACAUAGUAUAUAUAGGAUUCAGUACCAUCUUUGGUUUUCAGGCAUCCACUGGUGGUUUUGGGACGUCUCUCCUGCAAAUAAUGGGGGAGUACAUAAAUAGUUAGAUAAGAAACUAAUGGGGGAGUGGGAGACUUUACACAGUAUGCAUUUUAUAAUUUUAAAUUUUGAACCAAGUGAAUGUAUUACCUAUGUUAAAAAACAAUGAGGGAAAAUGUAAAGUAAAACCUCUUUACUGUUGCUUAUUACUUAUAGUACAUGGUCAUCUUCUUGUUCUGCCUCUCAAUAGACUUUAGAAUUUGCCUCUCUUUACCUCUUCACUCUACUUCCAUGACCUUACUUUAAAGCUUACUUCCUUUCUCUGAUUUGCAAAACACAUUUCUAACAGAGCCAUAUGUGUUGUCACUCCCUUGCUUCUGAAAUUACAGUUUCUUUCUUCCUAAUACUCCAGUGAUGUUUUUAUUUUUUCUUUAAACCCCAACCCAAAAUUAGGCUUGUGAAUUCUUACUGUGCUGGUAUAUCCUCCUGUUAAUUGUACUUACAUAUUAUAUUGAAAUUAUCUUUUUGUUUCUGCUUCUCUCCAUUGUAACCUUUAAGGUCCAUGUAUUAAGUAAAGUUAAUGAGACAUUCUAAUAUGUCACUGAUAGUGAUGUAACUGUUAUAGCCUUAAAAGUUUAAACUAUUUAUACCUUUUGGCCCAACAAUUUUUUUUUGUGUGUGUGUGCUUUCUUUAGGGCCACUCUCACAGCAUAGGUAAGUUCCCAGGCUAAGGGUUGAAUGGAAGCUGCAGCUGCCGGUCUACACCACAGCCACAGCAAUGCCAGAUCCGAGUCGCGUCUGCAACCUACACCACAGCUCAUGGCAACACCGGAUCCUUAACACACUGAGCAAGGCCAGGGAUUGAACCUGCAACUUCUUGGAUCCUAGUUGGGUUCGUUUUCACUGAGCCACAAUGAGAACUCCUCAACAAUUUCUUUUCUGGGAAUUUUUCCUGAAGAAAUGAGCAGAGAUGUAACCAAAAAUUAAUUAGCAAGGAUAGUUAAUGCAGUAUAAUUUAAUAAGAGAAAAUUGUAAAUAACCUAAAUGUCUAACAACAGGACUACUUAAGUAUGAAGAACUUCAUAUAGUCUUAAAAACAAUGAUGGAGAAUAUUAGAUAUUAUGUUCACAACAUAAUGUAUGUGAAAAGCAAAUUCCAGUGCACUACAGCUGGGUUCAAUCUUGUGAUCCAAAUUGGUACAUAGAGAAAGAACUGUAGGAAAUAGUCCAGAACAAUAGCAAUGAUUAUUCUCUGGUUUUGCAUUUUCUGGUUUUAUAGAUUUUUUGUUUUAUAAUGAGAAAAAUGUUAUUUCUUAAAAACAAAAGUUUUCUGGGAGUUCCUGUCGUGGCUCAGUGGAAAUGAAUCUGACUUGGAUCUAUGAGGACGUAGGUUCGAUCCCUGGCCUUGCUCAGUGAGUGGGUUAAGGAUCCGGCGUUGCUGUGAGCUGUGGUGGAGGUCGCAGACACAACUCGCAUCCCACGUGGCUGUGGCUGUGGUGUAGGCUGGAGGCUACAGCUCCAAUCUGACCCCUAGAUUAGAAACCUCCCUAUGCCAUGAGUGCGGCCCUUAAAAAAAAAAAAAUUCUAGAGAGCAGAAGCCUAUAUUCUAUAUAAUGAAAGCUUACUGAAAUUUAUCCAAAAAUUCUGAUUAGCAGAGUGAACAAUUUUCAGGUAAUGUAAAGUAUGUAUGGGAGUACAUAAAAAGUAUGUUUUUCUCUCCUGUAUUUUCUCUGUUGGGGAGACCUCCCAUCUGCAUUUAUGUGACACAGUGGGAUAAUGAUCUGACUUGUUUUUGUGGAGGUGCCAUUUGGAUCAUAUGCCACAGGGGUGGCUGAAAAAGGAGAAAAAAAAAAGUUUGUACAGUAAAAUUACACAGAACUUUUUCAGCCUUUGUCAAUUGAGAAGUAGCUGAAAUUUUAUCUCAUGUGUAUUAGAAUUAAUAUGAUUACUUAUUGUCUCUACAGAGCAUAGGAAAGAAUGCUCAUUACAGAAAGAUGCCGAUUACCGUUUGAGUCCAUGUACCAGGCACUGUUCAAAAACUUGAAAUGUACUUCACAUCAGAUUCUUACGUUAAGCCUUUGAGAUAGGAAUUGUUACCUCUAUUUUACAGGUUAAGAAACUGAGACUUAAAAGUGAGGUCACUUGUUCAAGGUCACACAGGAGUAGUUAGGGUGCCCAUUGUUAGAUUGGAAAGAAAGGAUUUAUUGUAAUUAGGUGGAGCAGAAGCUGUGAAAUAAAGACCAAAGGAAUUUCAUGUCUUUGGUAUCAGCAGUGGUCUGGGUAGCAGAAGUGUCAGUAUCUCUACAGCUUUGGGCAGGGGCUUCUGUCGGAGGCACUGUCCAGAGCCUAUACUUUGUAUUCAGGGAGAUGUUCUUCAUUCCUGGGAGCUAACUGGGGUCUGGAAAACGUGGUUGUUUCUCUGGGUAAACUUUAACAAUGAUUUCUUGAGGUCUUGUAGACGAUGUUCUCCAAGCUCUAAGGAAGAAGUCAAGCAAGGAUUGAGGGGCCUUGGAGAGGAUCUUUUCUUAAAUGACAACAAUGACAAGAGAAAAUUGGGCCCACAAUGCUCUGAGACAAGAGGGUCUUGUUAAAGGGAAGGACGAUAUCUGGAAAUGGGGAACCAGCUUCCAAGGGAGCAGCUCCUCUGUUUGGGAGACCUCCCACCUGCAUUUUAGACAGUUGCGUUACCACGAGACAUCUGGACCCCAGGAGGCGCUGAGCCGGCUCCGGGAGCUCUGUCGCCGGUGGCUGAGGCCAGAAGCACGCACCAAGGCUCAGAUCCUGGAGUUGCUGGUGCUGGAGCAGUUCCUGAGCAUCCUGCCUGGAGAGAUAAGGACCUGGGUGCAGAUCCAUCGCCCUGGAAGUGGUGAGGAGGCCGUCGCCCUGGUAGAGGAGCUGCAGAAAGACCUCGAGGGACCAGGACUAAAAGUUCCAGUCCUUGUCCAGAAUCCGGACACUCUCCAGGAGGGCAUGAGCACUCCAGGAAUAGCCCUUCCUCCUGCAGCCACAGGCAGCCACAUAUCAGCUGAAAUUCACUCAAAUCCUCUUACUGACCCAGUGGUGUUCAACUUGCUCCAGGAUCCUCAACAUGAUUCUCCUGCCCCUGAAGCUUCUGCCCUUUCCCAGGAAGAGAACCCAAGAAAUCAAUUAAUGGCUCUCAUGCUCCUGACAGCCCAGCCCCAGGAACUGGUGAUGUUUGAGGAGGUAUCAGUAUGCUUCACUUCAGAGGAAUGGGCAUGUCUGGGCCCAAUUCAGCGGGCCUUGUACUGGGAUGUGAUGUUGGAGAAUUAUGGAACUGUGACUUCCUUAGAAUGGGAGACCAUGGCCGAGAAUGAGGAAGUGACAUCAAAGUCAAGCAUAUCUCAAAGAGCAGAUUCUCAGAAAGGAACAUCAAAAAGACUUCAAGGAGGUGUUCCCCAGGUUCUUGACUUUGGGGAAGAAUGUGAAUGGCACAUUUCGACAAGUCAGUGGGGAAAUGAAACAAAGGAAAGAGAUACAUUGAAGAAAGGUUCCCUGUGUGAACGAGACAGGAAGAAAAGGACUUCACCAGAAAAACGAAGCCAGAAGUGGAAGGAAUUUGGAGACAGCUUGUCUAUAGAUUCAGCUCUUUCUGAAAGCUUAAUAGGUACUGAAGGAAAGAAGUUUUAUAAAUGUGAUAUAUGUUGUAAACAUUUCAAUAAAAUCUCCCAUCUUAUAAACCAUCGGAGAAUACACACUGGGGAGAAACCUCAUAAAUGUAAGGAGUGUGGAAAAGGCUUUAUUCAGCGCUCAAGCCUUCUAAUGCAUUUACGGAACCAUUCUGGGGAGAAACCUUAUAAAUGUAAUGAAUGUGGGAAAGCUUUCUCUCAAAGUGCUUACCUUCUAAACCAUCAGAGAAUCCACACUGGGGAGAAACCUUAUAAGUGUAAGGAGUGUGGAAAGGGCUUCUAUAGGCACUCAGGCCUUAUUAUACAUCUAAGGCGCCAUUCUGGGGAGAGACCUUAUAAAUGCAACGAGUGUGGAAAAGUUUUCUCUCAAAAUGCAUACCUCAUUGACCACCAGAGGCUCCACAAAGGUGAAGAACCUUAUAAAUGUAACAAGUGUCAGAAAGCUUUCAUCCUGAAGAAGAGUCUCAUUCUGCACCAGAGAAUCCACUCUGGGGAAAAACCCUAUAAAUGUGACGAAUGUGGAAAAACCUUUGCCCAGACCACUUACCUUGUUGACCAUCAGCGGCUGCACAGUGCAGAGAACCCAUAUAAAUGUAAAGAAUGUGGGAAAGUUUUCAUUCGAAGCAAAAGCCUCCUCUUACACCAGAGAGUUCACACAGAAAAGAAGACCUUUGGUUGUAAAAAAUGUGGGAAGAUUUUCACUUCCAAGUCAAAUCUCAUUGACCAUAAGAGGAUGCAUAGCAGAGAGAAGCCUUAUAAAUGUACUGAAUGUGGGAAAGCCUUCACUCAGAGUGCUUACCUUUUUGACCACCAGAGACUCCAUAAUGGGGAGAAGCCCUAUGAAUGUAAUGAAUGUGGGAAAGUUUUCAUUCUGAAAAAGAGCCUCAUUUUACAUCAAAGGUUCCACACUGGAGAGAAUCUCUAUGAAUGUAAAGACUGUGGCAAGGUCUUUGGUUCUAACAGAAACCUCAUUGACCAUGAAAGACUUCACAAUGGGGAAAAGCCCUAUGAGUGUCAAGAGUGUGGAAAAACUUUCAUCAUGAGCAAAAGUUUCAUGGUCCAUCAGAAACUCCAUACACAGGAGAAAGCCUACAAAUGUGAGGAUUGUGGAAAGGCUUUCAGUUAUAAUUCAAGCCUGCUCGUACAUCGGAGAAUCCACACCGGGGAAAAGCCCUUUGAAUGCAGUGAGUGUGGAAGGGCUUUCAGUUCUAACAGAAACCUCAUUGAGCAUAAGAGAAUCCACAGUGGUGAGAAACCCUAUGAGUGUAAUGAGUGUGGCAAAUGCUUCAUUCUGAAAAAAAGCCUCAUUGGACAUCAGAGGAUUCACACAAGGGAAAAAUCUUAUAAAUGCAAUGACUGUGGGAAGGUCUUCAGUUACCGCUCAAACCUUAUAGCCCAUCAGAGAAUCCACACUGGUGAGAAGCCCUAUGCAUGUAAUGAGUGUGGGAAAGGCUUUACUUACAACAGAAAUCUUAUUGAACAUCAAAGAAUUCACAGUGGGGAAAAGACCUAUGAAUGUCAUAUAUGUAGAAAAGUCCUUACCUCUAGUAGAAAUCUUAUGGUCCAUCAAAGAAUCCAUACCGGAGAGAAACCUUAUAAAUGUAAUGAGUGUGGAAAAGACUUCAGUCAGAAUAAAAAUCUUGUUGUACAUCAAAGAAUGCAUACUGGGGAAAAACCAUAUGAGUGUGAAAAGUGUAGAAAAUCUUUUACUUCUAAGAGGAAUUUAGUUGGCCACCAGAGAAUACACACAGGGGAGAAACCAUAUGGCUGUAAUGAUUGUAGUAAAGUUUUUAGGCAAAGAAAAAACCUUAGUGUACAUCAAAAAACUCAUACAGAUGAAAAAAACUGUGAAUGCGAUGAGUCUGAAAAAGAAUUCUCUCAGGCUUCAAAUGUUCAUCUUCAACAGAAAAUCCAUUCUAUGGAGGAAUUCUCUUGGUUCCACAAUGCCCAUGAGUCUAAGACAGAGAUUCAGAAAAUCUAGUAUUUGUAAAAUGGAAUAGAAUCCCUGCCUACUUGGGUAACUGUUGGAUAAAGGGUAGCAUAUGAGUUUUAUAAGGAGAAAAAUCAUGACCCUUUUAUAGACAAGUAUGUUACAUGAGGAAGAAAGUUAAUCUAGACUUUCAAGACUUAAAAACAUAAAUUGUAGUUAAAAGAUACUCUAUUCUAGACCAUUUAUUAUGACCCUAGAAAAGGACCUUGGAGCAAUUAAAGAUUCCAAGAAAUUGGAUUAUGUUUUAUAAGAUGUAUAAUGUCAUUGUAAAUGAUAGCAAAAAUAUCUUUGUAUUAAAAAGUGGACAUUUUUGAAAUAUAUAUAUAUAGAUAGAUAGAGUACAUUUUAUAGGUAGUAUUACUGCUACAGAGAGUCUGUGUAGACCUCUGUGAUUAAGGCAUAUCAAACAUGGAAUUCCAUGGGCAAGAAUCUGCUGUUUGAGGACAACUUAAGAACAUUAGAUUUGGAAUCAGAAAACCAAGGUUUGUGUCCUUUUUCUUACUAGCUCUGCGAUGUUAUUGAAUUAUCCUCUAAGUCUCAGUUUCUCUGUCAGUCAAAUACUGACAUAAUGCCUACCUCAUAGGGUGUUGUGAAGAUUAAGUGAAAGGAUCAUGUGAAGGUACUUUAUGAAAUAAUUUAAUUGUAAAGUUGCAUAAAAGAUAUGGUCAAAAUCUAGAACAUGGCAUAAUUAAUAUUUGUUCGUUAAUUUAAUAUUAGUACUUCAUGAACCUCAAAAGAUUUGUUUUUAUAGGAAGAGGAAGUAUGAUAGCUAAUUCAGAAUUUAGUGCUCUGAAAAGGCUUUUUAAAAACAGCUUUAAAAAUGUUUAAGGGAGAUAAUAGGUAAUAUACCUAGGUUUUUUAAUGGAGAAAUGUUGGCUUAUUAAAUAGUAUGUACAGAAAUUCUCUGGUGGCUCAUUGGAUUUAGGAUCCAACAUUGUCACUUCUGUGGCUAGGGUCACUGCUGUGGUGCAGCUUCGAUCCCUGGCUCUGGAAAUUCUGCAUGCUGCGGAUUCAGGAAAAAAAAUUGUAUGUCCAGCCAUUAACAUGAUGUCAAGAAAAACAAUUUAUUUUUCAACUUUUGAAUUUUAAACCUAGCAGAUGUCGAGUGUCAAAAUUGAAGGACAGUCCUAUGUUGCUUUCCUUGUUGACAGCAGAAAAUCCUUAACCCCAGCGCCUGAACUGACUGUUCCUGCUACUGUCAUUCUCAAUUCUAAUCAACAUUUCAUCAGUACUUACAUACGAGUACCUUGUUACUCAAGAAACAACAUUCGGUCCCAGCAUUCAAGUUACUACAUAAGUUUUUCACACAAACUAAAGCCCUUUUCUGCAUUUGUAUAUUUAAAUUUUCCUGUUUUUUUUUUUUGUUUGUUUGUUUUGUUUUGUUUUUUAAGAUCCUCAUAUAGGAGGUUCCCAGGCUAGGGGUCAAAUUGGAGCUAUAGCUGCUAGCCUACACCACAACCACAGCAAUGCCAGAUCCAAGCCAUCUCUGUUACCUAUACUACAGCUCAUGGCAACACCAGAUCCUUAACCCACUUAGCAAAGCCAGGGGUCAAACCUGCAUCCUCAUGGAUACUAGUCAGAUUCAUUACCACUGAGCUAGAACAGAAACUCCCUUUCCUGUACUCUUGAUUUGAAAAUUUUAUGUUGUAAUUCUCCAAACUCCAAUUAAUUUGCUGGAGUAUAAAUACCUUAAUAUUAGGAUUGUGUUUUCUAAUACUAGAAGCAUUGAAGUGGUGUGUUGAUAUAGUAAGUGUUAUUAAUUCAACCCCAAAGUUCCUUGAGGGCUGGUUCCUCAUUAGACUGAAAGGGCAGGAGUGAAAACUGGAAGGGGCCCAGGUUAAAAGUCUGAAGUCCUGGAUAUGAGUUAGAUUCUGCCACUCUUCCUUGGACAAAUGCCUUCGUUUCUUGGAACCUUGAUUGCUUCAUCUGUUAAACAGGAGGAAUAAUAUCUACCUCACCAAGUUGUUAUGAGGUAAUGAAUAUGAAGAUGCCUUAUUUCCAUAUUAAAGAAUCACCCCAGAUUAUGUAAUAAGUACAAAGGGAAAGGUCUACUUUAACAAUGGAGAGAGCUGGCAUUUGCCUCUUAAUCAUUUUAACUAAAUGUAACAUCUUUAAGACUGAGACAACUCACAUAAUGUGCCUCUGCAUGUAAUGCAGUAAGCCAAAGGUAUAACUUGAAUUUAACAAGCUUCUUAGACAUGAUUGUCAGUUUAUAGGAACUGCAGGAGGCAGAGGAACAAUAUGAAAGGCAUCUCGAGCAAGAGAUUGAGAAACUGGGAUACUGUGUACGGAAACUGCACUAGAUUCUUCAAAAAUAUACAAUGCAAAAAGGAGGGGUGAUAAUUGUUGAUGCUGGUUGAGUAUUGAGAGUUCAUUGUACUGCUUUUGUUUAUGUAUGAUAUUUUCCAUAAUGAAAAGUGUAAAAAGUGUAUGGUGGGCUUGUUUUUGAAGAAUCCUAAAGAGUCAUAAGAUACUGAGCCAGGAGUAGAUUCACACAAAUGCCCAAUUGAUUUUUGACGGAGGUGCAAAAGCAAUUCAGUAGAAGAGGGAUAGCCUUUCAACAAAUGAUGCUACAGCAAUUGGAUAUCUAUAGGCAAAAAAUAAAAAAUCAGGAACUAAGUGAAGAACUCAGCGUUAUAUCAAAAGCAUGCUCCAUAAAAGGAAAAAAAUGAUAAAUUGAACCUCAUCAAAAUAAAAUAAUUUUCUCUGCAAAAGACUAAAGAGGAUGAAGGCAUUACAGACUGGAAGAAAAUAUUUGCAAAUCAUGCAUCCAACACAGGAUCAUAUUAGACUAGAUAAAGAAUUCUUAAAACUAUAGACCCAAUUAGAAAAUAGGCAAAAGACGUGAACAGACAUUUCACCAAAGUAUAAAUGGUAAAUGAGCAAAUGAAAAGAUGUUAAACAACAUUAGCCACUAGGGAAGUGCCAGUUAAAAAUCUGCACAGCUAUCAGAAUAGCUUUCUUUAAAGUAGUACUAUUAACACCAAAUGAUUUCAAGGGUGCAGAGGAACUGGAUCUUUUACGUUGCCGGGAAUGAGAAAUGUUACAGCCACUCUGGGGAAUAAUUUGGCAGUUUCUUAUAAAACCAAACAUGCACUUAUCAUACCACCCAGUACUUGCACUCCUGAGUGUUUAUCUCAGAGAAGUGAAAAUUUGUGUUCACACAAAAACCUGUAUGUGACUGUUAGUAGCAGUUGUAUUUGUAAUAGUCAAAAUCUGUAGGUAAUUCAAGUAUUCUUCAACAGGUGGAAACUGGUAUAUCUACACCAUGGAAUACUUAUUUCUCUGCAAUAAAAUGGAAUGACCUCGUAUUAUGUGCAGUGACUCAAGUGCAUUUCAAUUAUGCUGAGUAAAAAUCCAAUCUCAAAAGAUCAUAUACUGUAUAAUUACAUUUAUGUAAUAUUCUAAAGUGACAAAAGCGUAGAGAUGAGAAACAGACUAGUGGUUACCAGAGGUUGGAAAUGGUGGAAGGGAUCAGGGGAAGAGGGAGGGAUAGCAUUUAGGGAGGUCUUAGUGUAUUCAACAGUUGUGUUUUUUUGUUUUGUUUUGUUUUGUUUUUCUUUUCACUUUUUAGGGCUGCACCUGAGGCAUAUGGAAGUUCCCAGGCUAGGGGUUCAAUUGGAGCUACAACUGCCGGUCACAGCCACAGCAACGCAGGAUCCGAGCCGCGUCUGCCACCUACACCACAGCUCACGGCAACGCCAGACCCUUAACCCACUGAGCGAGGCCAGGGAUCAAACCUGCAACCUCAUGGUUCCUAGUCGGAUUUGUUCCCACUGCGCCAUGAUGAGAACUCCAGGAACAGUUGUGUUUCUUGAUUGUGAUCAUGGUUAGACGAAGCUACUCGUGAUAAAAUGGCAUGGCAGUGUACACACUCACUGUACCAAUAUCAGUUUCCUUUUUUUAAAUUAACCUAUAAUUAAGGUGUACCCAUAGGAGGAAACUAGUUGAAGGAUAUUAUCUUUGCAACUUCUUGUGAAUAUAAAUUCAAAAUAGCAAAUCAAAACUAAGGAGCCUAACCAAAUGCAGUGUGUAAAACAUUUGGAAAAACCAAUUAGGAAGUAGAUAUUUUAGGACAGUUGAAAAUUUGAAUGACUGGGUAUUGGAUGACAUUAGGGAAUUGUUAAUUUCUCUGUCUGUGGUGAUGGUUGUUAGCGAUUAUUCUUAUUAAAGGAGCCAUAUUGAAGUAUUUAAGAUGUUUUAAUGUUUACAAAUUUAAAAAGAAUGCAAGGCAAACGUAAUAAAGUGUUAAUUGUUGAGUCCA